AUGUCUCGUCUCAUCCAAUCCAACAGCAAAGAAGACGUCUCGACGCACUUCCUGCUGCGCCUCACACCUUCGCUCGAGCCCGUGGGGACGAUCCGCACGUACACGAUUCCCGUCCCCGUCCCAAGUGACAGCUCGAGCACAGCCAGCAGCACUUCGACUUCUCUCCCAAGCGCGAAUUCGGGAUCUACGCCAGCCCAAGCGUACAAGCUGACACGGCUCGCCGUCCUGAAAGAGUACCGCCAGUUCCGGUUUGGACGCGCGCUCGUGCUCGCGCUGCACGAGUGGGUCAGGAAGCACGCACUUGGGCUCGCUCUCACAGCCUCAAGCUCUGCCUCCUCGUCUUCGUCGGUGUCGUCGGUGUCGGGCACGUCGGCGACGGCGACGGAACACCCUCCCGCGGCGGUCACGAUAGUCGCGCACUCGCAGAUCCCCGCGAAGGGGUUCUACGCCAGGUGCGUGGUUCCGUCCCCAUUAUCAGAUCAGCGAUUGUCGAUUGACUAA